UCCCUGAAACUCACAUUCUUGGAGUAUGGAUCUACUUGAACAAAGUGAGGAAACGCUGUUUUACUCUCACCUUUGUGCGAGCUCGUUAAGCGUACUGGGUGAACACCAAACGAGAAGCCUGGACGCUUUCUCCCCAGGCUUGUGAGACUCGGGGUCGGGAGUUAGGACCGCUAAACAUCUCAUUCCGAACGGGAAACGAGGAGAGGGAGACGCGGAGAGAGGGGGGACACGAGCGGAAGGGAGGCAGAAAUCACUGAAAAGCAGAGCUGUGUACACGCGUAAGGAUAUGUUUGGGCGUGCGUAAAGGCGCCAAACAAAGUAACGUUAACCGGAUAACUGUAAACACUGUUUUUCUUUUUUCCUUGGACAUGUUUCCGCUGCCGGAGCGCGUUGUUUGGACUGUGUUAUCGUGAAACGAGGGUGAUCCUGUGCGCUUGGGAAAAUACUGCUCUGUGUUGUAUCUCUUCUCUCAUUUUAUUUUUUUGCCCUGGAAAUUACGGAAAGUUCUUGUUUUGGACGUUUAACUUCUGAAGAAACGUGAAAUGCAAAUGUGGAAGGGGUUUCUGGGCAGUGGUUCAUCAACUAAACUGAGUUGAAACGCUGUUUUUUCCACAUUGUGUAGUAGCCUGAAAUGUGAGACACUAGUGAAGUCGACACAUGACAAACCGCUGUAUACAGUCGUUACAUGAGCUAGUGUUGGAACCUUUCAUUUACGCGCUUUGCUCUGGAUAUGCAAAGAAAAGUUUUUGAGAAUGAAGAGGAGAAAAUUCCCGUAGCACGUCUCUGUUUUCUGGUUACAUCGCCGCCGUCUGCUGAGCUGGAUUUAUUGAAACCGUGUUGUUAUUUUAGUCUCUUUCAAAGCUUUCAUCAUUUCCAUGCUGUGGAGACAGCAGAGCUGACAUGCGCCCGGGAUGGGGAUAUAGCACGGUGACCUAUUAUCACUAAAAUACAGAAGGGGAAUUAACUAAUUAUUGCGCUGAUAGUGAAUGAUUAAGCCAUCAGGUGGGGAAGCGUGCGUAUUGUCUGCGUGUGCGCCGUCAACCUCCGGUCUAAACCUGGUGUGAUCCACAUCGAGGACUGUGUUACUUUGUGAGGAGAGUCUCCGGAGCAGACAUGGAGGAGUGGAGACAAUGCGGGCGGUGGUUGAUAGACUGUAAGGUCUUGCCCCCGAACCACCGGGUCGUGUGGCCCUCAGCGGCCGUCUUCGACUUGGCACAGGCCCUCAGAGACGGUGUGCUCUUGUGCCAGAUGUUGCACAACCUCUCCCCAGGAUCGGUGGACCUGAAGGAGAUCAACUUCAGACCCCAGAUGUCACAGUUCUUGUGUUUGAAGAACAUCCGGACGUUUCUCAAGGUGUGCCACGACAAGUUCGGCCUGCGUAACAGCGAGCUGUUUGACCCCUACGACCUCUUUGAUGUCAGGGACUUCGGCAAAGUGAUCUCCGCUCUGUCGAGGAUCUCCCACCACAGCAUUGCACAAAUCAAAGGCAUCAGGCCCUUUCCAUCAGAGGACACAGCUCUGAAUGAGGAUGAUGUUUACAGGAGCCUUGAGGAGCUGGCAGAUGAGCAUGACGUGGGUGAGGAUGACAUCUACGACUGUGUGCCGUGUGAGGACGAUGGCGAUGACAUCUAUGAGGACAUCAUUAAGGUGGAAGUACGACAACCCAUGAAAAUGGGUAUGACUGAAGAUGAUAAGAGAAAUUGCUGCUUAGUGGAGAUCCAGGAGACUGAAGCAAAGUACUACAAGACAUUGGAGGACAUUGAGAAGAAUUACAUGAUCCCAUUGAAGCAAGUCUUGAGUCCACAGGACAUGGAGGCUAUCUUUGUCAAUCUGGAGGAUGUGAUCAAAGUCCACCUGGCUCUCCUGAAAGCCAUCGACGUGAACAUGGUCAGCGGAGGAAGCGGCUUGGGGAAGAUCUUCUUCGACUUCAAAGAAAGGUUGUUGAUCUACGGUCAGUACUGCAGCCACAUGGAGAACGCCCAGAAGACACUGGAUGAGCUAAUAGCAACACGAGAGGACGUCAAGAUUAAAGUAGAGGAAUGUACUAUGAAAGUGCAGGAAGGGAAGUUCAAGCUGCAGGAUCUGCUGGUGGUUCCCAUGCAGCGGGUGCUGAAGUAUCACCUACUACUGAAGGAACUUCUGAGUCACUCAACUGACCGACCAGAGAGGCAACAACUAAAGGAGGCUCUGGAGGCCAUGCAGGAUCUGGCCAUGUACAUCAACGAAGUCAAGAGGGACAACGAGACACUGAAGAAAAUCAGUGAAUUCCAAAGUUCAAUAGAGAAUCUUCAGCAAGUGAAACUGGAGGAGUACGGGAGGCCAAAGAUAGAUGGAGAACUGAAGGUGUGCUCCAUCGUCAACCGAACGAAACAGGAUCGGUAUAUAUUCCUGUUCGAUAAAGUGGUCAUAGUCUGCAAGAGGAAAGGCUACAGCUAUGAGCUCAAAGAGAUUAUUGAACUGCAGUCAUAUAAAAUGUCAGACGACCCAAUGAACAACAGAGACAUGAAAAAGUGGUCGUAUGGUUUUUACCUGAUCCACCUGCAAGGGAAGCAGGGCUUCCAGUUCUUUUGUAAAACUGAGGAGACAAAGAGGAAGUGGAUGGAGCAGUUUGACAUGGCCAUGUCCAACAUCAAGCCAGAGAGAGCCACAGCCAAUCAGCAUAACUUCCAAAUGCACACAUUUGAUAAGAACACCAACUGUAGAGCCUGCAAGAUGCUCCUGAGGGGUAUCUUCUACCAGGGCUAUUACUGCUCUCGCUGUGGAACAGGAGCACACAAAGAGUGUCUGGAAGUCAUCACCAUCUGUAAAAUCAAUCCUCUGGACUUGGAACCCGGGCUAUCAUCAGGUCCCAAGAUGGUGGCAGUGAGGAACUACCACGGCACACCAGCAGCUACAGGGAAGACGCCGCUCUGUUUCCAAACAGGAGAUUUUAUUGAACUUCUGAAGGGAGAUCCUGACACGACGUGGUGGGAGGGGAAGCUGAUGCAAACACAGAAGAGCGGCUUCUUCCCCAGUUCGUGUGUCAAACCUUAUUUGGACCCAAAACCUUUCCAGUCAUUAUCCAGCCGGCAGACCUCAAGGGAAGCGGACUACUAUGGAUAUCCUUGGUUUGCAGGGAACAUGGAGCGCCAGCAAGCAGACAACCUUUUAAAAUCCCACAGCAGCGGGACCUACCUUAUCAGAGAGAGGACAGCCGAGGCAGAGAGGUUCGCCAUCAGCAUCAAGUUUAACGACGAGGUAAAACACAUCAAAGUCAUCGAAAAGGACAGCUGGAUUCACAUCACGGAGGCGAAGAAGUUUGAGAGUCUUUUGGAGCUGGUUGAGUACUAUCAGUUACAUUCACUGAAAGAAAGCUUCAAGUUGUUAGACACCACGUUGCGAUACCCCUACAAAUCGAGGGAACGCUCGCUAACACGGGCCAGUACACGCUCACCAGCAGCCACAUGCGCCUCCUACAACUUCUCCUUCCUCAGUCCGCAGGGCCUCAACUUCUCGUCCUCUCAGAGCUCAGCUCCCUUUUGGUCAGUGUUUACUCCACGGGUGGUCAGUACGGCGGUGGCCAGGUAUAACUUUGCAGCACGAGACAUGAGAGAGCUGUCACUCCGAGAAGGAGACGUCGUCAAAAUCUACAGCAAGAUCGGAGGAGACCAGGGCUGGUGGAAAGGAGAGGCCAAUGGACGAAUCGGAUGGUUUCCCUCCACCUAUGUGGAUGAAGAAGGAGUGCAGUAAAGCUUGGAUGUUUGCUGGCCUGGCUCCCUUUAAAUCAGGACCCAUCUUCUAUCUACUGUUCUCAGAGAAAAUUGCUCUCUCUCUCUCUCUUUCGCUCUCUCUCUCUCUCUCUCUCUCUCACUUUGCAGGAAAAUGACACAAGGAAAAUACAACUUUUGGUUUUAUUUUUAUUGCUACAAACCAUUUUUUCAGCAAGUGUUUCUACACCUUUUCUCUAUCUUCAAUUAUGCAUCAGCUUAGCUUUUUUGUUGCAGGAUUUCCUGUUUGAUUUCUGUACAGGAAAGAAGAAGAAGAAGAAGAAGAAAAAAAAAGCUUUCUGUCUGCUGUAUUGAACUGAGCACACGGCAGAAAUGGACUAUGGAAAGCUUUUCUUUUAAAAAAAAGCUCCCCUUUGUUGCAGGUUUAUGCGAGUUGAAAUAAUUGUACAGUAUAGAUAAUUUAUUGAAUAGAGAUUAUUAUCAUUACUAAUGAUUACUGUCGGGGAAAUCGUUUUUGAAACAGUGAGGAAUCCGAUGGGAGAAAACCUAAAAUAAGAAAUAAAAAAGAGACAGAUGCUCUGUUUUCAUGUUGAGAGAUUUUUGCCUUAGUUGUCAUGGUGAUGCCUUGUGGGCUGACACCAGUGGAGGGAAUCGACUUAGUUUGACUGGUUUUACUUCUCCAUGUAUGCAUGUGCCCACGAGCGGCUCACACACACACACACACACACACACACACACACACACACACACACACACACACACACACACACACACACACAGACCAAUGUACAGUCUGGUGCCUUUGAAGAAUGGUCGCUUACUGAACCUCAACAUCAGCCAGUAAAAGAACAUUGCCUUCCCCUAAAAGACAGUCUGUCCAGGAGGGAAGAGGCACUUAUAGAACAUACUGGGGACAGCUUGCCUUCUGAGCCCUCAUAAAAACAAGAUGGUGAAGCAUUUAACUCAUCCAAACUGGAGACUGGAUGGACUCAGAGAGACAGAUGGACGUUUUCUUUUUAUAGACAACAACAAUGACAUAACACGGUCGGAUUUUGGCGUCACAAGUCUGUGGGCGUAAUCAGCGGGACGCGAAAAAGGGAAACAUCAAGACAUUCCACUCGACUACCACUUCACACUUUGAAAUCUCGCUGUUCAUUGUUUCCUUCUUUGAUUUAUUUGCACAGAAUCAAGGUUAUUUUUUAAGUUUUGAGAACUGGACCAACAGGUUUUUAUUUUUUAUUAUUAUUAUUAUUUGAAGCCAAAUUCAGUCAUGUUUUAAUGUCUGCAUGGAGUUCUGAUCCAUUGUUAUGAUUUUUGUACCUUGCCUUAUUUUUACUGAUGAUCAGGUGAUGGGUUUUUCUCCCCCUUAAUGUUAAUGGUUUCUUUUUUUUUUUUAUGUGUGAAAUCCAUUUUGGUGCUGUGCGGACUGGUGAAAAUUAAAGUGUCAGAAGACUGUCAAUCUGAAGGAAAACUUUGUGUGCUAAUUAACGUGAAUCCACAGAAAGAGCCCUGAAAAUGAUUGUGAAGAUCGAGGGUUGCUGUGCUCAGUGUUUCCUUUUUACUUAGUGCCAUCAAAACCUUUUAACGAUUUACCAAAGUAUGUUGGCAUUCAUCUUUUAUGAGUCUUCUUUGAGAUUAUUAAUACCAGAGCACUUUCUGAUUCUAGACAUGCAAAUGUUUAGUUACCAUUUCAGCUUAGCUUUCUUUAACCUUUUUUAUUACCGGAUGUACGGAUGUACGGCUGUACCUCUAACCUUUGCAUGUUCCACCCACACAUUUCAAUAUUAAUAUUUAUAUUUAUAUAUUCAAAUCAAAUCAUCAAAUCAAACUUUAUUGAUAAAGCACCUUUCAGACAAAUUAAAUUGCAGUUCAAAGUGCUUUGCAAGAGUGCAGAAAAGUUAUUGACGAAAAAGUAGGUUAUAAAAUCAUUGAGAGACUAAUGCACACCAAUAAGAAUUAAAAAAAAUAUGUAUAAAAAUAAAAUACAACAAAAGCAAUAAGAUAUUAAAAUUAAUACAUAGGAGAAGGGUUAGGGUUAAAAUUGGAGUAGGAUAAAAAAAGACAAUACAAUAAUGUUAAGAUUUGAAUUUAUAUAAAGCACUAUAUGAAAGCCAGACUGAAUAAAUUAGUUUUAAGACUGCGUUUAAAAGUAUUGAUUACAGCUUACACUGAAUUGUCUUUUCUUAUGGAUAGAAAGUUAAUAAAUUAUUUACCUAUAAUGGGAAAAGUAAAAGGGCUGCCCGCUUAUAGUCAGCGAUGCAAAUCAGCAGUCAACUCGCACUUUGUCACUCGAUUCUUUGCACUUCUUUUAGCUGCAGCAUGUACACAGAGCAAUGCAAGACCACCAGCAUAGCAGCCUGUACACUUCAUCAACAUCGUCUGAAACUCUUUCCCAUCCCACAGCGUUUUUUUAAUGGGUGGUAUUGGAAUUCCUUCCCUCCAUAAAACAGAUAUGAUGAAUACAGAUAAAACAGUAAAUCAGCUUCUUUGAGAAAAAAAAAAGCUUCUCAGAUGCUAUAAUGAUGGUUCAGGAUGGCAUGAGGGGCUGCCAGCUGAGCUGCAGCUAGCUUGUGUGCAGGUCCUCACCUUGUUAUGAUUCCUUCUGUGUUCAUCAUUGUUUUAAUGAGAGCCAAACUAUCAACAGAGGCCUUUCUUUUAUUUCAACACCAAAUGAACUCAUUAAAGCAAACUUGAUAAAGCAGUAGGGGCACCUCAGAGCAUGAAGCACUGGUUCUACUCAAACCCUCAGUACUUUGCCACUGUACAUGUCAUCCCCUACUAUCUCACCACUAUACCCAACCCUAUCCGCUCUCCUCCUGAAGGCAUUAAAACCCACAAAGUAAUUAAAAAAAAGUUGCUUCAGGCAAACAAAUUCAGACUGACCGGUUACUCGCAGUAUCAUGUUAUAAAUAGUUUUUCUGACAGUCCAUGCAGGGUUGUAGAGACUGUGAGCUGAGCUGCUGCUAACUUUAGCUCACUGACGUAGCAGCCUUUAUCUGGUUAUUUAAUAUAUAGUUCAAAUGCUGGCGGCGGUCAAAACUUUCAGAAAGUUUGUCAGCUGUUAGAGUUUUUAUGUCCAGUCAAAAGGCACUGCUCUGUUUAACAUACUCGUACAUGUUGAACCUGAAGCUCAUGGAGUGACGAAUGGUGUGCCCAACUUUCUCUCCAUGGAAAAAAAAAGGAUCAACAUAUUAAAGAUUUGUAUAAGUAGCCAAAUCUAAUUGGAAUGAUAAUUUUCUUGAAACAGUUCAAAAAUAAAUCCAUGGACCAAAUUUAAGCUGACUUAACUAACUGGAAUUAUUCAAAUGUAUCCCACCGAGAAGUAAACUGCAAACACUGAACACAUCAGCUCGAGUCCGUUCACAGACUAAUGGAACCGGAGAUGCUGAUAUGUUUAGUUUCUAAACUCAUUACUGUCUAUGAUUUCUGUAAUGAGAAAAAAAAAAAGUCUUAGCACUGUGUGACGGAGACACACAGGAGGCCUCUAUGUUGUCUCGAAUGAGGAAGACAGAGGGGGGUGUAGUCGCUGUCUAUGUAGUGGAGAGGAACCCAUUGCAUGUGGCUAUUGAUAUUUCAAGUCCUGUCAAUUACAUCCUCAGAAACAUAAGUACUUAAAUGUGUACAUUUUUUUGAAUGGUUUGGUAUUUCCAAAUGAGGUCUAUCAUGAAAUAAAUAUUUCUUCUUUGGUUUAAAA